AUGGAGAUCUUAUCCAAGGGGAAAAUAAUCAAAUACGGGACUCAGGAUAAGAUCCAGGGCUUGUCCUAUCAAGCUCUCACCCUCCAUAUAACCAAAGAGAUGGUCCCUUCAGCCCGUCUUCUGGUCUACUACAUCGUCACGGGAGAAAGUACCGCCGAGCUGGUUGCCGAUUCAGUCUGGUUAAAUGUCCAGCAGAAAUGUGGCAACAACCUAGAGGUCCGCAUCCUGAAAAACGGAAGAGUUUACCAGCCUGGAGAAAAAGUGUCCCUUUCCAUGACCUCCGAGUUUGACUCUCUGGUGGCUCUUUCAGCCAUGGACAAAGCGAUUUACGGAGUGACGGGAAGCAAGCAGAAAUCAAUGGAAAAAGAGUGA